GAGCUCAGUGGGCGUAUCAGGAUGCAGGUGUUUUGCAACUGCUUUACGGGCGUAACACAACUCAUUCCUGAAAGAUUAUUUUCUUCUAUACGCUGUAGGCGUUAGCUGGAUGUGUUACCCUGUGGCCAUUUUAUAGUCCGAGCAGGAUAGUUGAAAAAAAUGGCAAAAGUCGACCUCGCUCGAGUUGGGAAGAACUUAGUGAAGAGCGCAGAAAGUGGGGAGUCAGUGGAACUGCAGACUCUGUGGCAGGACCAGCCAGUGGUCUUGCUAUUCCUGCGGAGGUUCGGCUGCCAGGUGUGCCGGUGGAUGGCAUCAGAGGUCAGCAAGCUGGAGCCGGACCUGCGGGCCAGCGGAGUGGGGCUGGUGGGGGUAGCACCAGAGGAGUUUGGGCUGACGGAGUUCAAGGAAGGAGGCUUUUUUAAAGGAUCCAUUUACGUGGAUGAACAAAAGAAAAGCUACAAGGAUUUGGGUUUCAAACGCUACACCGCUUUAAGUGUGGUUCCUGCUGCGUUGGGGAAGAAAGUACGAGACGCAGCAUCAAAGGCCAGCGCUGAAGGAAUCCAGGGAAACUUCUCUGGAGAUCUGCUCCAGAGCGGAGGCAUGCUCAUUGUUUCCAAAGGUGGUGAACAGGUCUUACUGCACUUCAUCCAGGAUUCACCGGGAGACCACGUAGCUUUGGAGGACAUUUCCAAGGCUCUGGGUAUCUCAGCCACAGCAAAAGCAGGACAGAAGCCAGUGUGCAACGAUGAUGUUUGUACACGAUGAUGAUGAUGAAGGAGCUGCUAAAUGUGUCUGAACAGCACAUCCCAGUGAGAUAAAGAAUGCCAUUAAAAUGUUAAAAUGAACUUUUAACCACUGCUAAUUUUCCAAUGUCACAAAUGCUUGAGAUUUUUUAUAACAACAUGUUUAUUAUCUGGCUUAAAAGCUCACAGUGAAUGUAAAGUUGUAUCUGUGUAUGUGAAGGGUAAACUAAUGGAGUGUUGCUUCGUCAUGUCCAUGACAGCUGUGUUAAUAAUUGUAAUAACUGUUGGUACUAUUAAAUUAAACUUACAAUAAAUUGCUUGUACACACA